CUGCAAUUUGCAACUAAGCCUUGGUCCUUCGACAAUGCCAUGGAGAAUUGGGGCCUUAUUAUUUUUAGUGAAGAAAUGCUGAUCCAUAGACCUGGUUACACUGACGGUCUCAAAAACAAGGAGUGUACAAUUCGUAUGAUUGCACAUGAAAUAGCUCAUAUGUGGUUUGGAAAUAGUGUUACCUUAUCCUGGUGGAGUCAUUUCUGGUUAAAUGAAGGCUUUGCUCGAUUUUACGAGAUCUUUACGACCGAUCAGAUCUACCACUAUAAAUAUCACAUGGAAGAACAGUUUGUUGUAGAUUAUCUUCAGAGAAUCCUUGAAAAGGAUGCAGUGGCUGCUUCUUUGCCCUUAACUAGUCCCGAAAUAACCAUACAAUCUUUUGAUGAAAUCGACACGCAGGCCAACUUCUUUGCAUAUGAAAAGGGUGCCAGCAUCAUUCGAAUGUGGCGAAAUUUAAUGGGAAGCGACAACUUCAACAAAUCUAUCAACAGUUACCUGAAGCAAUACCAUUUAAAAAACACAAAUCCCAGAGAUUUGUUCGCUCAUCUCAAGCAAAAUUGGCCAUCUCAGCCAGAAGUUGAUUUGGAUACGUUCUUUUCAGACUUCACGGAGCAGGUGGGCUACCCAAUGGUCAUUGUGAACAUCACCCAGGAUAACCAAAAAAUAAUCCUACACCAAAAACGUUUUCUAUAUGAUUAUGAAGACGGUAGUGAUGCCACCUUACGUUAUACCAUUCCAAUUACCUUCACAACGAAUCUGGAUCAAAGCUAUUAUAAUCUGACACCUUACACGUACUUCAAUAAGAAUGAUACUACAGUUGAAAUUUCUUUUGAAAAUCCCAUUGAAUGGAUUAUCAUAAACCAAAAGCAAUCCAACUACUAUCGAGUUUUUUACGAUCAACCAAUUCUCACCCAAAUUAAACAAUUAUUUUCCACAUCUAGAAGCCGACGUAUCCCAGCUACGACUAAGGCACAAAUCAUUGAUGAUCUCUUUAACUUUGCAUACGCUGGAAUGAUCGAUUAUGCAGAUGUCUUCGAAUACUUAGAAUAUUUGAGAUACGAAUUCAAUUAUGUUCCCUGGAACGCAGCCUACCACGGUAUGGAGAGAGUAGUUCAGCGAUUAACACCACAACAGCUGCCUUAUUUUGAGAAAUACCUUUCAAAUAUUACAACUGGGAUUUUUAAUGAACUAUCAGCAAAAUCAAGCAGCUCUGAUAGCGUGAUGGAUGUCUAUAAUCGAGUCUUGCAUGUAUCAUGGCUGUGUAAAUACCAGAAUACCAAUUGUAAUAAGCAAGUGGAACUUCUUUUUCUGGGAAAUCUUGAAAAGCCAUCCCCAGACUAUCGAAAGACAUUUUACUGUGCAGUUUCACGAACGGAUGCUCAUGCUCGCCUGUGGGAGUUAUAUAAUAAUGAGAUCGAUUCUGAUGAUAAGAAUCUAAUAUUGCGAUCUAUUAGCUGUUCAAGGGACUAUAGAACAUAUAUCAAACUCGAAUUAUUCCAUUUAAUACCUUAUUCCAAACAACCAAAAUACUUGAAAGAGGUCUAUCAACAAAAUCCAGAUUUAAUUGAUCCCAUAUUUUCUAUGAUAAGUGAGAACAUCGAUGUGUUUGUUGCCAGAUUGGGCAAGUAUGAGAUGAUCGAAGUCCUAAGUGAUAUGGUUGAUUACUUUACGACGCGGGAGCAAGAAGAGCAGUUCACAAACUUUAUGGACAGAAAUAUUUACAGAUUUGGUGAAUCGGCACAAACUCUCAAAGAAACAUUUUUGACAACAAUACGAAAAAAUCUGGAAUGGACAGAGCAGAGAUUGGGCAACGAGUUAGCUUUCAUUAUGAAAGGUUCUAUUGUCGGAUUGUGGCUGCUAACCGCAGUUAUUACAUUAAAUCUGAUAGCUAAUUCAGAGAUUGUCGGUUAUCGUCUAAGCAGUUACAUUCGCCCAUCGUUUUACAAUUUAUCUAUCAAUAUCCAAGACGAUGCAUCGAAUCCGGGCACAACGUUUAAUGGCGAAGUCGCCAUAACUCUGCAGUCGAAUCAGAGCAACUUACUGGAAAUAACUCUACAUAAAGAGCUUCUUAAUAUAACGCGCUGCUUGCUAUACAAUAAGGAUGGACGCCUGCAACAGGAUAUUGCAGCUGGUCAACUACGAAUGCAAACUACACGUUGUACUUUAAGUACUCAGGGGAAAGUACAAUCUGAUACGUUAGGUCUAUUUUCAAAGGAAAACUGGAACGCUGGGAACUCUAGUACCAGAGCUCACAAAGAGUUUUUAUUUUUAACACAAUUCGAAUUAAAUGAUGCCCGAUUUGUAUUUCCCUGUUUUGAUGAACCUGCAUUUAAGGCAAGUUUCAGCUUCACAUUGGGACGACCAAGUGGCUAUAAUGCCGUCAGCAACACUAGAUUGAUGGAAACAACAAAUGAGGGCAAAAAUUACUUUGUAGAUCACUUUGAAGUAACUCCCAUCAUGUCCACAUAUCUAGUCGCCUUUCUAAUAUCCAACUAUCAGGCUCGAGGCAAUAUUAGCGACUUUGCUGUUUUAUCAUCGCCGGAACAUUACAAUAAGACAGAGUUCAGUUACAAUGUUGGAAAACGCGUAGUAGCGGCAUUCAAUGAACUAUUCCCCAUAUCAUAUAAACAAUUGGGAAAUGACGUCCUACUUUUUGCGAGUGUACCUUCGUUUGAUAUCGUCGGCAUGGAGAAUUGGGGCCUCAUAUUUUACAGCGAAGAACUACUGGUGCAAAAACCCGGGUACACUGACGGUUUUGUGCACAAAGAGUUUACAUGCCGAAUGAUUGCACAUGAGAUGGCCCACAUGUGGUUUGGAAACAGUGUCACCUUAUCCUGGUGGAGUCAUUUCUGGUUAAAUGCAGGAUUUGCCCGUUUGUAUGAGAUCCUCGUUACACAUCAACUCUACCCAGAAUAUCAUUUGGAUCAACAGUUUGUUAUACAUCUUCAGACGAUAUUUGAUGAAGACGCUAUGAAUAGUUCCCAACCAUUAAGUAGUUCCGAAUCGAGCAUACAAACAGAAUCUGAAUUUGAAGAACUUUUCGGAAGUUUUUCAUAUGAAAAGGGUGCUAGCAUUAUUCGAAUGUGGCGAAGCGCAAUGGGAGCCGUCAACUUUGAUAACUCAAUUAAUAGUUACCUGAAGCAAUAUCAUUUAAAAAACACAAAUCCCAGCGAUUUGUUCGCUCAUCUCAAGCUAAACUGGCCAGCUCAACCUGAAGUUGUUUUGGAUACGUUCUUUUCCGACUUCACGGAGCAGGUGGGCUACCCAAUGGUCAUUGUGAACAUCACCCAGGAUAACCAAAAAAUAAUUCUACGCCAAAAACGUUUUCUGUAUAAUUAUGAUGACGGUAGUGAUGCCACUUUACGUUAUACCAUUCCAAUUACGUUCGCCACGAAUGUGAAGAACACAUUUGAUAAUCUAACACCUUACACGUACUUCGAUAAGAAUAACACUACGGUUGAGAUCUUUUUCAAGGAACCCAUUGAAUGGAUAAUCUUGAACCUUAAGCAAACUAGUUACUAUCGAGUGCUCUACGACAAACCAAUUCUUGCCCAACUUAAACUGGCCCUCUCCAAGAACGGACACAGUUCAAUUCCAGUUGAAAAUCGUGCACAGAUUAUUGACGAUCUCUUCAGCUUUGCUCUCGCUGGAAUGAUUGAUUACGUGGAUGUGUUUAAAUUUUUAGAGUAUUUGAAAAACGAAUUCGAUUAUGUUCCGUGGUAUGCUGCCUACAGAGGAUUGCUGGGGGUAUCGCAACGAUUAACCCCACAUCAAUUGCCCUAUUUCGCGAAAUAUCUUAAUAAUAUUACAUCCGCGGUCUUCGCUAAGCUAACUGUCAAAUCGAAUAGCGACGAUACAGUAAUGGAUGUGUAUAAUCGACAAUUGCAAGUGUCUCUCCUCUGUAAAUACCAAAAUACCGAAUGCAAUAACCAAGUAAAACUUAAUUUUGAGGCGGAUCUCGAGAAGCCUUCCCCAGAUUAUCGUGAAACCUUUUACUGUGCAGCAGCACGCACAACAGGUUAUGCCCGAAUCCUCGAUCUAUAUUCUAAUGAAAGUGACUUGGAGGAGAAACAUAUGCUAUGGCGUGCUUUAAGUUGUACGAGAGAUUAUCGUGCACAUUACAAUAACAUGGUAUUUAACAGCAAGAUUGUUGAGAAUAAGACCGUUGGCGUGACACAGAUGUAUGAGGAGAAUCCCGAUUUAAUUACACCCAUUUUAUCCAUGCUAGCAGAGAACAUUACGAAGUGGAGCAAUUUUUUGGGCGAUUCAUGGGAAACGUUAGUAAUGUUGAAUAAAAUGUCUGAGUCCUUCACAACCGUGGAGCAGGCAAAUCUAUUCGCUGAAUUGAUCGAUAAAAAUUCGGAAUUCUUUGGUACAGACGUUGAAGUGCUUGAAUCCGCUCUGGAAAGAGUAAAAAAGAACCUAGAGUGGGCAAAGCAGCGAUUGAGCAAUCUAAACAACUAUCUGAGGAGAAAAUGAAAAAACGAAGUAGAGCUGUCAAAUUAAAGAUAUAAUUAAUAAUUUUAGCUAUAAAGCCGAUCGAUUUGAGUCAAAUUAAAUACACAUU